GGGGCGCUUAAGGGGUGGAGUGAGAGAGGGAGAGAGAGGCAGAGACAGAGAGCGACAGAGAGAGCGCUGUGUGGGUCGCAGAUGACAUGCAGAAGAAAGUGUGUGGGCGGAUGAGGAAGUUCAGAGCACGGAUUGAUGGUCACACACCUAUACUGUACUGGCACUUUCUCGCAGCAGCACAACGUCGGGAUUUCCAUCCACAUAUUCCUGUGAUCCGGAGGGGGAGAUCCACGCAUGGGAAAAUGACAAUCAAGUUUGUGGUCAUCCACUUCAUACUUCUCGUUCAAUGUGCUCGUUCUGAUCCCCUGGAAUAUGGCGCCGACGAUGAAGAUCCCAACGACACCACGGUCAAUCAGAUGCUGGUCCCCAGGUCACACCAGGAGGAAGCCACGCGAAUACUGAACAGUUUGCUCGAGGAAUACGACAAGACGCUGCGGCCGGACAUUGGAGUGAAACCUACAGUCAUCGAUGUGGGCAUAUAUGUCAACAGCAUCGGGCCUGUGUCCUCCAUCGACAUGGAGUACCAGAUCGAUAUUAUCUUCGCCCAGACCUGGGUGGACACCCGUCUGCGGUUCAACAGCAGCAGCAGUAGGCGACUAACCCUCAACAGCAAUAUGGUCGGCUUGAUCUGGCUGCCCGACACCAUCUUUAGGAAUUCCAAGAACGCCGACUCCCACUGGAUCACCACGCCCAACCAGUUGCUCCGGAUCUGGAACAAUGGAAAAGUGCUCUACACGCUGAGGAUGACCAUCAAUGCAGAAUGCCAGCUGCAACUCCAUAAUUUCCCAAUGGACGAACACUCCUGUCCCCUCGUCUUCUCCAGCUACGGCUACCCUCGAGACGAGAUUGUGUACAAGUGGAGCCGGAACUCUGUGGAGACUUCAGACCAGAAGUACUGGAGGCUUUACCAGUUUGACUUCAUGGGGCUCCGAAACACAACAGAUGUGCUCACAACAACAGCAGGUGAAUACGUGGUGAUGAGCGUGUACUUUGACCUCAGCAGACGAAUGGGCUACUUCACCAUCCAGACCUACAUCCCCUGUAUCCUGACUGUGGUCCUCUCCUGGGUCUCCUUCUGGAUCAAGAGCGACGCCACGCCCGCACGGACAGCCUUAGGUAUCACCACAGUACUGACCAUGACCACCCUGAGCACAGUAGCCAGGAACUCACUACCUAGAGUGUCCUACGUGACGGCCAUGGACUUGUUUGUCACCGUCUGCUUCCUGUUCGUCUUUGCUGCCAUGAUCGAGUACGCCAUGCUCAACUACUACUCCUACAGCAUCCGCAGACCUCCUGCCAAGAUGCAGAGACUGGCCUACUCAUCUUUUAACGUGGGUCCCCCCCCUCGGCCCAUGAUGCCCGUGGGCAACUCCCUGUUCUGGCAGGACUACGACGACAACUGCUUGUACGAGUGCCUGGACGGGAAGGACUGCAAGAGUUUCUUCUGCUGCUACGAGGAGUGUAAAGAAGGUGGCUGGCGGAAAGGACGAAUCCACGUCAACAUCGGCGAGCUGGAUGCCUACUCGCGGGUUUUCUUCCCCACCUCCUUCUUGCUCUUCAACAUUGUCUACUGGGUCAGCUACCUCUACCUCUAGGACAACGAGCUGCCGGCGUCAUCUCCACAGACGGGGUCCCGUUGGAGGCUCUCAGACAACAGACAGAUGGGGCUUGAGAGGCGUCCGGGGACGGGGUUGCGAUGUUGGUCGUUGAGAUGGCCGAGCACCCAUAGUGCCUUCUUUAGAAAGGGUGCGGCACCGAGAGGCCCGGCUUCAGAGUUCCCUGCGUUAUCUUUAUUACCUCAUCCGCCACAUGCAGAGCGUCUGUUCUUUGUUGAACCCCACUGGAGACAUUCAAAACUAACAACACGUCAUUUAUUUUGUAGCAGCUUACUUUUAGUUGUACUCUAGACUUACUUGUAUUUGAAAACAACAACAUAAUUUCUGUGCUUGUAUCUUAAUAGAGCAGGUCAAGCACCUCACCCAUCCGCGGUUUGUCGGCUUUCAGCGAGCGUUCGUGAUGUUUCACAAACGAGCGAUGCAGUUUACAGUAAAUGCCAAGAAGAUUUGGGUGUUUUAUAACAAAUGCUAGGUUACACGAAAAAUGUUUAAGGACUGCAUAAAGACAUACCAAUCUCAUACUAAACGUGCUAAUCUCAUCCAUAUUCUGUAUAGUACAGUCACUGAAUAAACAGAUUAGGGGGAGCAGAGCUGGCUUCUUCCUGGCAACAGCUACAUGAAAACAUUUCUACACCCUUUUCAUCCUUAUUUGUACAGAACUCUAUUGGUUGCCGACCGCAAAUAAAUUGUUCACUCAAAUAAGUAUAUAAACUGCAUAUUGGCACAGAAUGAGCUGUAGAACUCCCAUGCAAACACAAACUGUACAUGGGGUAUUUAUUUUGCUUUAGUCAUUGCCCCAAAAGUGGAGCUAGAGUUCAUAAAAUUGUCUUGAUGAACGCUUGAAUAUCUCUCAUGUCGUGCCACAUGCAGGACCUAAAGGCUCCAUGUGCCCCGCUGGAAAUGAUCACAGGUGCUGUAAAAUAGGUCCCAAUAUACUGUACACACAGGGCUGUUGGAAAUGGAAGCUCUAGAUAACGGCAUUUAUACCUGUUGGUUUGAGACAUUACAGUUUUGUUUACUGUUCUGUGGUGUUUUGGCUUUGUAGAAAAGUCGAGCCCCUUGUCCCCUCUCCUCCCCUCCUUCAUACCCAAACACACACUUUUGCCCCCCGUAUUUGUAUGUUCAGAGAAAAGUGUAUCUGAUUAAUGUUUCUAUUUUCAUACAGUUCUAUAUGGAAUGUAAGUUAGGCCAGUAGUCAGUCUGGUUCCAGUUCAGUCAGUUCAUGUGGCCUAAAUGAGCUUAUUCCUACAUAUUCAUGAGGCCUCCAGACCCAUUUGUGGCCCGUCCAGAGGUUUGCAAUUACCAUUCAGAACAUCUCAAGUGAAGCUGGAGAGACAGCUGAGAGGCUGUCACUCUGCGCACACAUAUUUACUCUGCUGAUGUAUCACAUUAGCUCCUAAGAGACAACGAUAUUUCCACCCAUAUCUACCAAGAACUGACUGAAUUGCCAGAGCUUGGCUCACACCGCAGUAAACCCUCCUCACCUGAUAUUUCUACUACACUUUAUAAGUGUCUUUGUCCGUUAGGAGCUCAAUCACAUUUUUCUACGUCUUAUUGGAAGUCACCUGUGCGUUUUCAGCUGACUGGGACCUGUAUUUAUAAAGCCUAUUUGGCAUCAGAGUACAAACCAUCAGCGCUGGUGAGCAUAAUGAACUGGCUCAAGAGCCUCUCCCUGAGACCUCAUCACCCCAAUUAAAGCUUUUGUAGUUCCUCUGAAAAGCAGCGCAUCACUCACACCGUCACGAAAACACGCAUCGCUCCAGCUUCAUCCUAUAAACCAGUUGUGUUUUGUCGGCGAGGUCUCUGGGAGGAGGGGUGGGGGAGGGUGUAUACACUCUGACUUUGUAUCAGCACUCUUGGGGGAGAUAUUUUAUGAAAAAAGGAGGUACAGUGAAAAUAGUUUUUUCUAGUGCGUGGUACAUUGCUUAUAUUAAUAAAUAACGUUUUG